UGGUGCCCUGACCCCCGAUUUCAGGCCUCUCCGGGCUGCCCUCCAUAUCACUGACGAUCGUGUCUUCUUGCCAUCGCCAUCCUGUUGUCGUCGUUGCUGCAGUCACCCUGCAGGUUUAUGCAUCUCGAGGUAUCAGGUCGAGGCCGAAGAAGUAGAGGAACUGCGGUAAGUUAGAGCUAGUAUCGGCUGUAUCGGGGCGGUAUCCAAGAUUACGCCGUAAUGUAAAUACGCGAGCUUACACUGCAACGUCGCAUCAAGUCGAUGAGUCGAAGAAUGUGAAGACUUCCCGUUGUUGUACUUGGACUAUCUGUACCAUCGAUAAUGUUUGCCGGGGCUGUUGAUCUCUAGAGCGAAGUUGAAGAUGUGGAAGUUCGACUUUUGAAGUUGAACGUCGAAGAAGAAGAAGAAGGAGAAGGAGGAGACGAAAGAGGAAAUCUUAGUCAGUUCUUAGUAAUAGUAUUAUUUUAUCUUACUAAUUUCUUACUCAUCCAAACAUUACUCAUCUUUUAGUCCCUUUUAACAUCUUACUAAUUAUCUUACUAAGCAACCUUCUUUGAGCUUCUUUCUAGCCUUUUUGUCGCUUUCUCGACUUCAACUCCAGCUUUUGCUGUGAAUCUAUGCGAUUUGCAGCCUCAUUUUGCGGCUAAAAAGACGGUCUCGACGCACUUACGUGCAUGCUGGACGCCGUCGACCUGCACUGCGACCGUGACAGCCAACCAGGGCCUGUGACAGGUCGUCACCGAGGGUUGCGUUGGGCUCCCCUGGCCGCCAGCUCCGUCCGGCCCCCGAGUUACCUAGUUACCCACUCCGCCGCCUCACUCGCCCGUCCCAUCCAUCGAUCGAUCGAUCGCAGCGUCUCUCCAGGGCGCCAGAUACGCGCAGACGAAUACACACACAGGCUCGCCUGCAAUUGAUUUACACACGCUACGGCGCACAGUCACAUCGCUGGUGGCGUGGGGGGAGAGGCACGGGGUGCCUGGCCUGCCAUGGCGGCCAGAGCAGACAUGGCAGCCCCUGAGUGGGAUGCAAACCUCAGGCAAAUGGGACAGCUUUUUGUCAUGGGAUUCGAUGGUACCACCGUCGACCCCCAGAUCCGCUCGCUGAUUGAAGACUACCAUCUCGGAGCCAUCCUACUGUCAGCCAAGAACCUGAAGUCCGCAGAUGAAACGGCAAAGCUCGUCCUGGAGCUUCAGACUAUCGCCCGGCAGGCCGGCCAUCAGUUACCGCUACUCAUCGGACUCGACCAGGAGAACGGCGGUGUCAACAGUCUGUUCGAUGAUACAUAUAUACGCCAGUUCCCCAGCGCCAUGGGGGUCGCGGCCACAGGCUCGACAAAGCUAGCCAGAGAGGUAGCCAAGGCGACGGCACAGGAGCUUCGAGCUGUUGGAGUAAACUGGAUCCUAGGACCGGUGCUGGACGUGCUGACAGACGGCAAAAACCAGCCGCUGGGGGUGCGCAGCGUAGGAGAUGAUCCGCAAGAAGUUGCCACGUACGGAGUCGAGUCGAUGAAAGGGUAUCAAGAUGGAGGAGUGGCUACGUGUGGGAAGCAUUUCCCUUCAUAUGGAAAUCUGGAGGUGAUGGUAUCGCAGUCGGAUGUCCCAGUCAUCACAGACACGGUCGAUCAGCUCCGGCUCAGCGCACUUGUUCCCUUCCGCAGCGCAAUCUCUCAAGGGCUGGACUCGAUGAUUGUGGGCGGCUGUUCGAUGAUAUCUCAGGGGAUGAAUGUGAUGCACGCCUGCCUGUCCGAAGAGGUUAUUGAGGACCUACUGCGGUCUGAUUUGGGCUUCCAGGGGGUGGUUGUCUCCGACUGUCUAGAGAUGGAAGCGUUGAGCAGCAAUAUUGGCGUUGGAGGCGGGACGGUGAUGGCUCUCAAGGCCGGGUGUGAUUUAGUGCUGCUGUGCAGGUCGUUUACGGUGCAGCAGGAGGCCAUCAGCGGGCUGAGGCUGGGAGUCGAGAACGGGAUGAUAAGCAAGGAGAGAAUACGGCAGUCUUUGGCCAGGGUAUCCGCGAUGAAAGCCAGGAGAACGAACUGGGAACAGGCCCUGAAUCCGCCGGGAAUCAGUCUGUUAUCGAGACUACGGCCUUCUCAUACAAACCUAUCAAUUCAAGCAUACAACAGCUCGAUAACGGUGGUCAGGGAUAGGGGCAACCUGCUACCGUUGUCCAGCAUACUCGAACCAGACGAAGAACUACUGCUUCUAACACCGCUGGUCAAGCCUUUACCGGCGUCUGCGGCGGCGGCAGCAACAACAGCAGCAGCAGUAGCAGCAGGCCAUGCUAGUGGUGAGCGCAGCCGAGAGUCGACAAACUCAAUCGACGCCUCCUCAAGCUCGAUGUCGUCCAAUAUAAAGAGCGGCGAGGCGGUGUUCCGUGAACUGGGACGGUCCCUGGCCCGGCGGAGGAACGGACGGGUUCUUCACACAUCGUACGGUGCGAGCGGCGUUCGGCCUAUCCACGAGAACCUGAUCAACCGGGCCAGCGCAGUGAUAGUAGUUACAGCGGACUCAAACCGGAACCUAUACCAGCACGGCUUCACCAAGCACGUCUCACUCAUCUGCAACAACAGCUGCAUGAACAGCAGUACCAACAAUACCAGCAGCACACACAACAACAGCGCGAGACGGAACUCAGCGGGCUACCAGCGACCCAAGGCCGUCGUUGUGGUAGCAGUGAGCUCGCCGUACGACUUUGCCAAAGACCCGACGAUCGGGACGUAUGUGUGUACCUACGACUUUACAGAUGCAGCUCUACAGGCGCUGGUGAGGGUGCUUUAUGGGGAGGUAUCACCUACCGGACGGAUGCCGGGGACGCUGAGCAAGAGCACGGCACGACGAACGAGCCAGCCCCGGCAGCAGUGGCUGGUCGAGACUUGGAAUGCGGAGCGAGACUCUGCCGCGCUGGACACCCUGCUGACGUCGAUACGAGAGAGCGAGAGUGGUAUUGGUGGUAGCAGCAGCAGCAGCAGCAGCAACGUCCACAACGAGAUGGGGGCCAGCAGCAGUAUCGACGGCAACAGCAACAGCAUCAGCAUCAGCAACAGCAGCAACAGCAGCAACAGCAGCAACAGCAGCAACAGCAGCAUCCUGGCAAACGUGAGAGCGGAUACCUUUCUGCUGAAGAGUGCGGAUGUGCAGGAAUGCCACCUGGUGGUGCGCAACAGCAGCACGCACGCGAUCAACGGCUUCUGCGCAACCUACUUCUUCCGCUCGACGGGGACCGGGGUGAUAGGCGCGAUACUAGUUGACCCAGCGCGGCGCCGCUUGGGCAUCGGCAGCUCACUCCACAGCCGAGCGAUCCAAACACUCAGGCAACACCCGGACAUCAAGCAGCUGCAGCUGGGAUCUCGUCUGCCCGGGGUCUACCUUGGCAUUCCCAGGACUGACCCGGUCGAGCGGAGGAGGCUUCGGCGCUGGUUUGCCAAACUGGGAUGGUCGAUGGCGCUCUCGCGGCCGCUGUGCUCGAUGGUGCUGCGGGACGUGCAGAGCUGGGUGCAGCCAGACGGGCUGAAGGGCGGGAGAGGCAGCGGCGAGGUCGAGUACGACCUUGUGUUUGGCGAGGAGUACGCAGACACGGUGAUCGAGCAUGUGCGGACGAGCUCCAGGCAGGGGGUGGCGGAGGUGUACCGGACGGCGCUGGCGGGAGGGCCACACUGCGGCAUCAUACGAGCGAAGAAAGCUGGGGAAACAAGCAUAACCUCUAAUGCAAACGGGAAUGCUGCAUCUGCCAAUAAUAAUAACAAUAAUCUCGUCAAUGCAGGCUCUGAAGGAGAUGGAGACGGGGAGAUGGUGAUUGACGGGCUGCAGCUGGGCCUGGAGGAGGACGGCCUGGCCAACGACCGACUCCACGGCCGACUCCACGGCCACAGCCAUGGUCACGGCAACGAGACGCUGGUGGGCAGCGUGGUGGUGUACAAUGCGCGGUCGUCGCUGGCUCGACUGGUGCCGGCGGUCAGGGAGGCUCGAGUGCGUGCUGGCGGCAUCUCGUCGCCAGUGAUAUCUCCGUCUGUCGGAGAAUAUGCCAUGCUGGUCCAAGGGCUGAUCGUGCUGGGCAUCAAGGAGAUCCGCAAGCAGGGCGGCAACACCGUGAUACUCGACUGCGUGAGUUCUCUCUUUUCUUCCUUUCUAUCUUUGGGCUUCAUUUCCAUGAUCUUGUAUCUCGAUCUGCCUUGUCGACUCCAUCGUAUCCAUGUCCCUCGAAUCAAGAUGCGCCAGAGUACGAGAACGACCCGGUCUGGAUAGAGGAGACUUUUCUCUUAGCCCGCGCUAUUCUUAGCACCUCUGCACGCUCAGCCAGUAGUGUGAUGAUUAUAACAUGCUUUGACUGACGAAACGCAACUUGGACUAGGUUGACGGCGAUGGCAACUCUGACAGCCUGACGGCGAUGGGCUUCUCUGUGCUACACAGCUUCGAGGAGCUGACCUGUGACGC